CCUUCAAAUAGUUUCAAUAUCGAUACCAAACAAGCCUAGUAUCGAGUCAUUAUCGAAAGAGUAGUGUCAAUUCUAGUCUAUAAAGUUGUGAAAAAUUAUACUCACGCCUUUUAACUUGAAGCGAGUUUUUAUCAACUUCAACUUUUGCAGAUGACAAAACAUUAUAUAAAAAGACGUUGACAUUUACAAGGGAGCUUAAAUUUACUAAAUAGUCCUACCUAUCUUGUAUAUGCAUGCAGAUAAAUAUGCGAUAUUCAUUCAACACAAAUAGCUGGUUUGAUAACCCUUUGAAAUCAUGCUCCAUCGUCAAAAACACACGGAUUUUACGUCAGAUACGUGCGGAAUAAUUAAUGCAAAAAUGUGGGUUCCAAACAAGACACCUGUCUCCUAUAAUAACUGUACUUGUAGUUGCUGGGACACGGUUUUUAAAGGUUCAUAUGAAAACCAGAAAAAAAUUGGAUACAAACACAUGUACUUUAAUGCUACUAAACAAACAUUCAUUAUGUGGACAAUAACAAUGGCUGCUGUUUUGGCAUUUUAUGAGUUAGUGAAACACUUAUUGCGGUUAUACGUGGAAAGAAAUUUGAGAUAUUCAAUGCUUUUUUUAAUUAUACUGAGUAUUUAUCCACAGUACUUUUCUUGGUGGGUAUAUCUAAACUACCUUAAUGAUGAUUUCUACAAACAGUUCGUCCAUCAAAUGUUUUUCACAGUGACAGAGCUGAUAUCCUUGAUGAUAAUUGUGCGCAUGUGCUCAUAUGGAAAUGAUAUUGCGAUAAAUCACUUGAUUGGAGUAUUAUCUAUUAACUUGGUGCACAUUGCUGUAGGGGGUUUAGACCAGUUCUUUGACCAUUUGGUGUUAAUGGAUGGAAAACCAUUUAAAAGAAUGCGAAGUCUUGCACUUGUUAUACCAGACGUCCUGUGUAUUGUAAUAUUCAUAAUAGAAUACAAAAUAUCACAUGGUCGAUUAUUAAGUAGGAAAGAAUCCUUCUAUGUAUUUUGGUUAACUUUUUUGUUGUUUCUACUUUUCAAAUUUGGAUUGUUUUAA